CGUUGCGUUGCGUGCUGCGUGUCCACCCAACACCGCCGCUGUGAACCGCCCAGAGAGACGGAUCCGUUGCCAGAGCGCACUGAACCCAUCCGGGAACUGCGACGUUAGGGGGAGCAGCGGCCGCUGCGGCAGGAGGAGGAGGAGGAGGAGAGUUUGCUGCCGCACCGAGGUGCGCUAUCAGUCGCUGAGGGCUGGACAUACGCGAGGUGUGGAGGACGUAGAUAGAGGGGGGAGACUCGGUGAGCUGAGGCAGGGGACGGUGACUCCCUCUUCGUUGUCGGCGGUGACGGUGGCACAGAUGGGCGCGACUUCCCCCAGCUGAGCCGCUGUUAUCGAUCCGGCUGCGGGGUCCUCAGAUGCUGCCUGUGACCCGGCCGACAGUUGGAUAAGUCUGGGGUGACGGCCGCCUCGCCUCUCCUCUCGCGGGCACCAUGCUCCACCGUAACCUGCGAACAGGUGGUUAUGACCUGCCGGGGGUGGAGUCGAGCGACGUGCCUCUCAUUGGCUACCGACCCCUGUCACCUGAUGGGGGGACCCCGAGCAGCCAGGCAGGGCCCAGUGAAUGUUUGGAGAAUUCCCUGACGGACUCCUCACCGAUGAAGACCACCUGGUACUGUCCUCUGGAUCUGUCCACCGUGGUGGAGGAGGAGGAGGAGGGGGUUAUCUUCACUGUUGUAGUCAAACAACAGCAUGUUUCCUCCAACAGUCCACUGGGAGCCGUGUCCCGUUCCCAGUCCAUAAAAGCCGGAACGGAAGAGAAGCUGGUGCUCCACCUCCUCCACUCAUUUUCGCUGGGGGACUCCUCCUUCGUCUCCAUCUUCUUCUCCACCUACCGCUCCUUCACCUCCACAGAGCGAGUGCUGGACAUCCUCACUGACAGAUUAGAGCACCCGCCCGGGGACGGCGAGAGAAGUCAGACGAGACAAUGCUUCAACAAAGCGGUGUGUUCCGUGUUUAGCACGUGGCUUUCGGAGUAUCCUGAAGACUUUAAGAACCUCGGAGACCCGUCUCGCCUGUUGCGUCUGGUUCCACUCCUGCCUCAGGACUCCUCGUCUGCAGCUGACCUCCGAGCGCGCUUCCUCAGGACGGCCGAGGAGCUCAGCGAGAACGCCCUGCUCCCUGACAACCACAGAGAUCAGACCAGUUCUAGCAGCUCUCCUCCUGAUCCUUCCAAGUUUGAAGCCACCAGCAUCCUGGGAUUCCCUGCAGCGCUUAUCGCAGAGCAGCUCACAAAGAUAGAAACUGAACUUUUUGUCCGCCUGGUGCCGUACCACUGCCUCGGCUCGCUGUGGUCUCAGAGGGACAAGAAGGGCAGGGAGGGCGUCUGCUGGUCUGUCCGGGCCACAAUACGGCAGUUCAACAAGCUGGCCAACGCGGUCUUAGCGUCCUGCCUUUGGCCGACGAAGCUGCGCACCCAGCAGAGAGCUCGACUGCUGGAGAAGUGGAUCAGCGUUGCAGAGGAGUGCAGAGCCAGGAAGAACUUCUCCUCCCUGUAUGCCAUUGUGUCGGCGCUGCAGAGUAACCCAAUCCACCGGCUGAGGAGGACGUGGCAGGAAACUGACAGAGAGGCCUUGAGGAGAUACGAGGAGCUGGCAGAAAUAUUCUCAGACAAGGACAACUAUUCACAGAGCAGAGAACUCCUGAAGGAGGAAGGCACAUCAAAGUUUGCCAACCUGGACAACCGGCUCAACAACAGACACCUCAACAGGUCCAACGCUCAGGGCACGGUGCCCUACCUGGGAAUCUUCCUCACAGACCUCACCAUGUUGGACACGGCCGUCAAAGACAGGCUGGAUAACGGCUACAUCAACUUUGACAAAAGGAGAAGGGAAUUUGAGGUUUUAGCUCAAAUCCGGCUCCUGCAGUCUUCCUGCAAAAACUGCGUGUUUGUUGCUGACGAGACCUUCCUGCAGUGGUAUCACAGCGUGCCCACCCUGACAGAGCAGCAAAGUUACAGACUGUCCAAUGAGAUCGAAGCACCCAGUGAGCCGAAUCCUCGAUCUCUGAUGCCGACAGUCAUCAUCACCCAGUGCCCAGACCUGAGUGCCUCCCGGACCAGCCUAGCCGGUGAUGGCGACAGCCUCUUCGACUUCCACUCACCGGUCAAUAACUUUCUCUCUAAACUUACAAAGCACAUGAGGUCUCCGUCGGUGUCCUGUCUGGACGUGGACACGUCCCCUCCAACCAACGAGUCCACCCCCGUCACGCUGACCCCAUCCACUCCCACUAAAUCACACCGCCGAUCAGCCUCCUGCGGCAACACCCUCCCCAGCAACGUGCCAGGGUCGGGGCCCGACAUGCGGAUCAUCAGGAUACGGAUGGACCUGCAGGAUGGGAACCUGUAUCGAAGCAUCCUGGUUACGAGCAACGACAAGACCCCCGCUGUGAUCAGCUCCGCUUUGGAGAAACACAAUCAGGACCCCAAACAGGCGUCCAGAUAUGAGCUGAUACAGCUGCUGUCUGAAGGAAAAGAACUGGUCAUCCCUGCAACAGGAAACGUCUUCUACGCCAUGACAUCAUCCAGCGUUGACUUCCUGUUGAGGAGGAAGGGUGGCAACACCCCCCUUGGCUCACAGCCAAUCACCACAGAGACGAGCGCCACUUUCCCUCGCAUCAAGGCCAAAGGAAGGAGACUGGUCCGGACUCUGUUUUGACGCAAGCUUUGUCCCCUGCGGCUAUAAAUGUGACAUUUUCUGUGCAAAAAAACCCCCAAAAAAAACAAGAAAAAUCAACACAUGCCUUCCUUCGUUCUCCUGACCAAGUUUGUUCUGCAAAAAAAACGCCAA